AUGGUCGUUGCUGGAUCAAUCACUGUCGCAGUCCGCCUACGCCCCCCCACAGCAUGGGAGGCUGCCAGACUGCCCGAACCGUGCUAUGACACCACAAUACGCGGAGAUGGAACUCUCGCAACACACGUUAGACCGGUCACCGCAACAGCCCCCUUGCGAGAGAUUGUCCAAAUCAUCGACGAUCGUAUCCUCACCUUCGAUCCCGUGGACCCCGACAGGGCGCGUUCGUUUGUGGAACGCGGCUUUGCUCCCCCGGGUACAAAACGAUACAAGGACAAGAGAUUCAUGUUUGAUAGAGUCUUUGACGGCGAAGCUCGGCAAGAGGAGGUGUACGCUGCCACCGCUAAGCCCCUACUCAACGGACUACUUGACGGUUAUAAUGCCACUGUGUUUGCAUAUGGCGCCACUGGAUGCGGCAAGACCCACACGAUCAGCGGGGCCGAAGCAGAUCCAGGCGUAAUUUACCUCGCCAUGGCAGACUUGUUCCAACGAAUUGAAGAUCGUAAGGACGAGUGGAACACUGAAGUGGUGGUGACGUUCUUGGAGAUCUAUAACGAGGAGAUUCGUGACCUUCUCGCGGAACCUGGGACACCCACCCCACGAGGUGGUCUGCAAAUAAGAGAGGACAAGUUCGUCAGGGUCAUUGGCCUCGUUGAGCAUCACCCAGCCUCCGCGGAAGAUGUCAAACAGAUUGUUCUCCUGGGUAACUCCCGUCGAACACAAUCACCCACCCAUGCGAACGAAACUUCUUCCCGCUCUCAUGCCGUUCUCCAAGUACAUGUCACUCAAGCACCCCGGACUGCAGCGUUGUCAGAACAACGUACAAUGGCAACGCUCUCUAUAAUCGAUUUAGCUGGCAGCGAGAGGGCCGCCGCCACUUCCAACAUGGGUCAGCGGAUGGUAGAAGGGGCCAACAUCAACAAAUCUUUACUUGCCCUUGGUAACUGUAUCAAUGCUCUCUGCGAGAGCGGGGGGGCCGUUCGGCACGUACCGUACCGCAAUAGCAAGCUGACACGGUUGCUCAAAUUCUCGCUGGGAGGCAAUUGCAAAACUGUCAUGAUCGUUUGUAUCGCCCCCACCUCACAGCACUUCGACGAUACCCACAACACUCUCCUUUAUGCUGAACGAGCGACAAAAAUAAAGACAAGAGUUAUCACGCGCAAUGUUGUCAACGUCGACCGGCAUGUAGGACAAUAUGUUGAAGCAAUCAACCGCCUCAACAUUGAAGUAGCAGAACUCAAAGCCAAACUCGCUGGGAAGAUCAGCGCAGAGAGCGAAGUCCUCAAACGUCGGAAGGCCGAAGCUCAGGCAGAGGUCGAACGAGCGAAGAAGGACAUGCAAGCUCGUAUGGAGCAAGCACGGGCUUCUAUCAUUGACGCGCGGCCGAAGUCACGCUACUGCUCCAUAAAUGCUCGCCUAGCAGAGAUCGAAAGCCAGUCAUCCCUAUCGUCCGAUCUCGAAGCAGAGCGUGCCCUUCUGCGAGCUCUCGCAGGCCCACAAGAGCAAGCGGUCAAAUCAGAAUCACAACUGAAUGUUCGGCUCAGCCGCUCUCAGAACUCACGCAACAUGUUUGAAGCAACUCUCCGCGCAGUAUGCGAGCGUCGUUCCGACAACCUGGCAGACGUUAGCAUGGAGAAUGUGAAGGCUGAUGCCAUAUGGCGCAAAGCCGAAAUGGAGCGUGUCAGGGCAGAAGCCGAAAAGGAUGCCGUCAAGGAGUCCUUCCAGUCCCAAGCUGACAUUCUGGUAAACUUGCUAGGGAUGGUUGGUCGAUGCAAUGUCGUUCUUGGGGAAGCUUCACGGAUACUACAUACCGCUGUGGAGGAGGGCCGUGAGGGCUUGGAGGGCACAGUGAGGGCGAUGACAGCGUCACUUAAGAGUGUUGCCGGGAAGAACGACGAUGCUUUUGCCGCAGCGGUACAUCGGCCAUUGACUGCGUUUGCGCCCGGGCCGUUUACUCGCGCACUGCCGGACCAAGCAUCCCAACCAGUUUCCAAGACAUACCGUCGACUGUCAUAUAAUACUAUCGCUUCCCCCCCUAGAAGAAGCCACAAAACUCCUCGCAAGUCAUUACGUUCCAGUAUUGGGCAGCCAGAAAGGAAAGUUGUUCAAUGGAAAGAUGAGGCGGGUCAGGGCGACCUUGAUGAUGGCGGGAAGAAGAGCAUUCCACUGUUAUCCGUCACUUCCGUCGACAACUCUGAAAUUAUCCCGCGAUGUCAAUCAGUUGCUGGUUCAGAAAGUGAAUGGGAAGACGAGCGGACCGAUGACAGCCUCAAUCUUAGCUUCAUCUCUGCUCCGAUCCACGGGUCGCUACCCAGCAUGAGCAGGCGGUCACGGCCGAGCCGACUUGAUUCAGGGUUUCUCCCAACCAACGGACAGGGUUUCCUUGGCUCCCUCCAGGAAGCAGAUGAAAGCGCCUCUCCCGCACGGCACCCAGCGAUCCGUAGUGCAAGCCCCACACGGCGCCUUCCAACAUCUGCCCCGAAGCUAGCGCCUCCCACGAGCAAAACCGCUCGUCGAAGAUCAAAUAUUGGCCCUGUUAGGCACGAGAAGACACGUCGGCGCUCGAGUAUGAUCCCUCAACCUUCACCACCUGGCGAAGAUGCGGGCGAAUCAGGUGGACCACGUAAGGGGGAGACCAUUGGACGUUCACCUGCGAAACGGCCCAAGCGGUUGUCCUUACUUGCAAAUGCGUCAAGGUCACUGAGGGUAAAAGGCCCGAGCCCCUUUGCGGCUACUUUGACUAUCCCGACCACCAAUGCAGACUGCAUCAAAUCCUCGAAACCAUCAUGGCGAUGA